GUUGCUGGGAAUUGAACUCAGGACCUCUGAAAGACCAGCUGGUGUUUUUAACCAGUGAGCCAUCUCUCCAGCCCCCCCAAAAUUAUUAAGUUUUGAUGUCACUUUUGCGAAGAAGCUGUACUGGUGCACCACCUAAAAUAAGCAUUCUGUGUUCCAAGAAACUCAAAAGAUGGUUUCAGCACAUUUUUCAUCUUUAAGAGUUGGAAAAUAUUUAACUGUCAACAAAUGAAUUCCACACUUGAACUCUGCCGCAUUCCUGUGCCACCUCCUCCUUUAGAAAACUGAUCUUAAGACAGAUAAGAGAAGACUAGAAGGAAGAUGCUGGGGUCAGAGCGAGCUGUUGUGGAAGAAUGGCUGUCAGAGUUCAAGGCAUUACCUGACACUCAGAUCACCAAUUAUGCAGCAACUUUACACCGGAAAAAAGCACUUGUACCAGCACUCUAUAAAGUUAUUCAAGAUUCAAACAAUGAGCUCCUGGAGCCUGUCUGCCACCAACUGUUUGAGCUCUAUCGUAGCUCUGAAGUCCGACUUAAGAGGUUUACACUGCAGUUCCUGCCUGAGUUGAUGUGGGUUUAUUUGCGACUUACAGUUAGUAGAGACAGACAGAGUAAUGGCUGCAUUGAAGCACUUCUCCUAGGAAUUUAUAAUUUGGAAAUUGCUGAUAAAGAUGGAAAUAAUAAAGUGCUGUCUUUCACAAUCCCUUCCUUAUCCAAGCCUUCAAUAUACCAUGAACCCUCAACAAUUGGAUCCAUGGCUUUAACAGAAGGGGCAUUAUGUCAGCAUGAUCUCAUCAGGGUUGUUUACAGUGAUCUUCAUCCUCAGAGAGAAACAUUCACUGCACAAAACCGGUUCGAAGUCUUGAGUUUUCUCAUGCUAUGCUAUAAUUCAGCUAUUGUGUAUAUGCCUGCCUCAUCUUACCAAUCUCUUUGUCGAAUGGGUUCCAGGGCUUGUGUGAGUGGGUUUCCACGGCAACAUGAGAAACAGUGGAAGGAAAUCUGUGGUCGAAUAGUAUUAGAUCCUGAAUUUAUGGUGCAACUUCUCACAGGAGUUUACUAUGCCAUGUAUAAUGGACAAUGGGACCUUGGCCAGGAAGUACUUGAUGACAUCAUUUAUAGAGCUCAGCUAGAGCUCUUUUCUCAGCCACUCUUGGUUGCCAAUGCCAUGAAGAACUCAUUACCAUUUGAUGCACCUGAUUCUUCACAAGAAGGCCAGAAAGUACUUAAAGUAGAAGUUACUCCAACAGUGCCGAGGAUUUCUCGAACUGCAAUUACAACAGCUUCAAUCCGUCGUCAUAGAUGGAGAAGAGAAGAUGGCUUUGACUUCUCAAACGAGGCUGACUCGAGUAUUCCUGGCUCCCCGAUCCAACACGGCUCCACUGACCUAGGGAUCAAACGUGUGCAAGAGGGGGAGGUGCGCAGGACCUCUGAGCAUGGCUCGCCGGAGCCCAACUCAGCAGCAGCCACAACAGAGGGUAGGACAGAGAUGAGGAGGCAGAAGGCAGUGAGGCAGUUGCUGGAGAAGGAUCCUGGCUCUCUGUCCCCAAGCAGAGCACCUUUCCAUUCUAGUGCUGAGGGUCUAAAUGGAGGAGAGGAGUCUUUGAACAUGAAUGAUGCAGAUGAAGGGUUUUCGUCAGGGGCUUCUCUCAGCAGCCAGCCACAUGGGACCAAACCAUCCUCCUCUUCUCAGAGGGGAAGCUUACGGAAAGUAGCGACUGGGCGUUCCGCCAAAGAUAAAGAAACAGCAUCUGCCAUCAAAUCCAGUGAGAGCCCUCGAGAUUCAGUAGUUCGCAAGCAGUUUGUACAACCAGCCGAUCUUAGCAUAGAUUCAGUUGAGCUGACACCGAUGAAGAAACACCUGAGCCUGCCUGCUGGCCAGGUGGUGCCAAAAACCAAUAGUUUAAGUCUAAUUCGGACAGCCAGUGCUUCCUCAAGUAAAUCAUUUGACUAUAUAAAUGGCAGUCAAGCAAGUACCAGCAUUGGGGUUGGCACUGAGGGAGUUACUAAUCUAGCAGCUACAAAUGCUAAUCGAUAUUCAACUAUCAGUCUACAAGAAGACCGGCUAGGUCAUGCUGGUGAAGGAAAAGAGCUCCUCAGCCCAGGAGCCCCCUUAACCAAGCAGUCUCGAUCCCCAAGUUUCAAUAUGCAGCUGAUAUCCCAGGUGUAGUUUUGAUGUCCCUUUAUUCUGCUCACCUUUUAAGCUGAACAUUUCAUUGUGCAACAUACUUCAUCCCACAUUGUGAAAAAAAAGAUGUCAUUGUAAUCAGAUCUGAUUUAGCUUAGGUAUCUUCAUACUGUAUUUUGUAUGGAAACAGCAAUAAGGUUUUCUUUUCCCUUUAACCUCUCUCCACCUAUUCUUUGUAAAUGUGUUUGUGAAGCAGUGUAAAAUGUUUGCCUUUUCCAUGCCUUCCUUUUUCCUUGGGUAAUGUGCAAUCCAUCGUAGGCUGAUCGGUCCCAUUUCAACACUGUGAGACUGCGGAGAUGUUAGAGGAAAUGGUGUAUAUGAUCCCUAUGAAGUGAUUCUUUGGCUUCUGUUUAAAAACAAAACGGGUUUGUUCACAUAAUCUAUGGAACUAUGAAGAUAACUGGAUCAUUUUUUUUCUUUCUUAACCAGGAGUGCCUCAGAGAUUCUGCUAUGACUUUGGACUUCUCUGAGUCUGUGCAAUUUUAUAUUCUUGAGAAGCUUGGGGGAAAGUGGUAGACUCCUGCAAUUGUUCAUUAAAAUGAGGCUAGCUGCCCCCUCCUUUAUCCCAAGGACAUACAUGUUUAAUUAUUGAGGCAUUUCAAUCAACUUGUUACCACCUCCAUUUGAGGAUGGGGCUCAAGCUGAUUGUGUAAUUGAUAAUGCACUUUCUCAAUGGCUCUCUAGUCAUUAACAAUAUGUCUUCCCUCUUCCCACAAGGACUUAAGGACAUUUCUGCCCUUAAAGUUUGAACUAACAAAUCAGAAACUCCAAGGGGCAUGUUGUAUUUCCUAGGAAUGAUUGACACUUUGGUGCUGGGGUUUUGUGGGGGAAGUAUGUUCUUUGUUUAGCUUAUGUGAGAUUGUAUGUGAGGUGAAGUUGUAAUUGUUUUCUUUUUUUUUUUUUUUCCUUUGUGAGUUGAUGACUGAAGUAGAAACUGUACGUCUUCAGGUAAAGAGAGGGAUUUCUCAGUCCACUUUCUGUGAUGUCAGACUAUUGGGAAACCCUUUCAGCUGCUUCCUAGAUGUACCUAAAUUCAGUCAGAUAUUGGAUAAAGAAACCUAAAGUCCUGAGGUCACAUACUCCAAGGAAAUACGUCAGGGACAGAUAAUUGGUUGAAAACACUGAUGCUUCAAUGUGACACAUUUUUAUAGAACAUUUCUACCAGAGGGUACUGACUUGAUUUCUCCACAAGGACCACACUGCCUUUAUGUUUAAUGCAAUUUGUGUGUCUUCUGAUUAUCUGCAAAGUUUCUCGUUUUUAUAAAACUUUGAAAUCAUGCCAGUAAGCUAGAUGUUGAAUGUAUGUAAGUAGCAUUUGGUAACUGCUAAGAGGCUUCAAAAAUGCAUUAUUGGUUUAAUUUUUUUUGUUGUGAUUUGAUUAGAUAAGAUUUUCUUGAAAUCUCUUCUUGGUCCCUUGUUUGAAAAUUAAGGGAAUAUAUUGGAAUUUUGAAAAUCAGUAUUGUGACUUCAACUCAAAAACAUCAGUUACCCAUGCCCUUGUACAUGUAGACAUUUAUGUAUUAUUGUGAAAGAAAAAUAUACUGCCUUUAUUGAAAGCAAGUGUUCUCUUAAUUGACCAAGUUGUUUUAUCUCUAUUUACAGUAGAAUUUGAUAAAUUAACCAGGAAAAUGCCUCUCAUUUUUUUCCAUACAUAAACCACCACCACUUUUGGGAGAGUUGUUUGUUUGUGUGUCUUGUUUGUUUAGAGGGCCUUGUGUUAGACUCAUCAUUGAUUGGAUUUGAUGCUCUAUAAAAUUUUUUAGCUCCCAUCAAAAUGGAAAACUAGAACCUCAGAUAUUACAUCAUUGCCAAAAUUUGGAGUAAAUCUAAAAUCUGAUUCAUGAUUUAAUUGAUUUAUAAUAUGCAUAUGUAAUUGUCACAGAUAUAUUUUAGUCCUUUCUUCCUACUAAUUUAACUAAGUGGUAUAAAGUAAACAAAAAAGUAAAACAAUGAAAACUAGUGAGGUAACAUGUUUUUCUAAUGUGCUAAACAGAACAGGCUUCUAGUGCAUAAGGAUGGUGUCAGUCUCUGUGCAGCAGCACAUGCCUGUGUAUGUAAGAGGCUAAUGGGCUCAAGUGCACAUAGGCUGGUGUUUAAAUCAAGCAUUUAGUUAAAGCACAAAAGAAUACCAAAUAACUUGGAAUUAUAGCAUAAACUAUAGUAAAUGCAAGAAAAUGUCCUUAAAUUUAGAAAUGUUAUAACUGUAAAGUUGGUUUUAAGAUAUUUUUUAAAGCCAGGUGUGGUGGCAUAUACCUUUGAUUCCAGCACUCUGGGAGGCAAAGGCAGGCAGAUCUUUGAGUUCAUGGUCAGCCUGAUCUACAAAGUAGGUUCCAGACAGCCAGGGCUUCACAAAGAAACCCCGUCUUGAAACCCAAAUGAAAAAUAAGUUCUUUUCAUCUUAAGAGGCUUUCAUUUUUGGUACGUAUAGAUUUUAUAUAUACAUCUUUAUUAAUAAAUAUUUCACGACCUUGUAACAUUGGCCGUGAUUCAGUCUCAAUAAAGAAAUCCUUCAUUUACAUGUUAUAGCAUGGUCUUGGAAAAAGUUUCCUUUAUAAGACAAUAGUUCAAAUGAAAUAUUAAACUGUCCAAUUUUCUAAGAAUCAUUUUAACCAUUGUGUUAAAUGGUUUAAAAUGGUUUUUGUUCAGUUACACAGCACCUGCUACAAAGUAAGCCCAGAAAUGUUCAUUCUUUAUCCUUUAGCAACUUCCCUUGAACACUUCUCAGCUUUCAUAAAGCUUGAUCCUGCUAGUAAAAAAAGACAUUUAGGGAAGACUGUUUGUUUUAUAUAAUUUUAAAAAAUGAUUGGUACCAUUGGUGCCAGGUCCAAUUAACGAUUACAGCAUCUGAAGGUUUAGGAGUUCUGUGUGAUUAUGGAUUUAUGUUAGUAAUAAGAAAACUAAAAUAUAAAGUAAAAAUUCAACUUGAAAAUAUAUUAAAAAGCCAAGGAAGUAAUGGUUGUCAUUUAAAAUCUUGUUCCUUUACUAACACCCUCACUUUUCCAAUCCAUUGUUCUGUGUCUGUCUAUUGCAGAUCAGAAUUUCUGUGCUAGGAGAGACCCUAGAGAUAAUCUAGCUGCUCUCUCUGCCAUACACACACAUUCAUCCUCAGGAAACUGAGGCUCAAAGAGGUUGUGAAAUAAGGUCCAUAACUAAGAAGCAGAGCCACAAUCAAACCUUGCCCCUAGUCAGAUGCAUAGCCCCGCCCACUGCCUCUUGUUAUCUGUACUUCCAUUUCUUUAUGUUUCUGGGUUAGUAGUUGGUAAACACAUAAAGUAUUAAUUCCAGAAAAAAAUGUAAAAUAAUAGAGAUGGGGAUGUGUCAAUUGUAGGUAUCUUGUGUAGCAUAUUAUUCUUUUCUAAUUUACGCCUUAUGAAUUCUCUGCCACAUAACAGUUAUAUGCUGCCAUGUUAUUUGUAUUUGUGGGGAUUUUUUAAAUGUAAAAUAAACCCAGUGAAAUGAUUCUGAUCAGUGUUUCUAACUAUUUGAAAGUGAUUUUGAGUCAGCCAGUUUUCAGUCACCAAAGGUACAUUGUGGAGGAUUACACAGUAAAGAUAAAUUCAGUUCCAUUCAAUUUUAAGCUAAAGGGAGACUGUUCCUUAUUGUGCUUAGGGCAGAUAAAAGCAAUAUUUUUAUUGUGAUUGAAAAGGGUUUGUAGUGAUUAUGAAACUUAUGAGUCCAUGAACAAGUCUCCAACCUGUAGACUAAAUUCCACUUAGCGGCUUUAAAUUUGUUAGAAUUAUUUAUAGACACCAGGAUACUAAGAAGAACUUGUUCAAAUUGUUUUGCCUGCACUAUUUGUGUGAGUACUUUAAUGCAGUGGUGUUUUCACCACCUCGUUUUAUGGGGUUCUUGGUGUCCAUUUUUGAGUACUCAAGUUGUUGACAAUCGACUGUCUCAUUUAAUUUACUGCAUGUUCACUUAUAAAUAAAAAUACUACUUUCUGUCUUUAUGGUAGGGUAGCCCAUUGUAAAACACUGGGAAGGAGGAGGACUCCAUUUGUUAUCUUGGAUUCCAUUAUAAAGGUUUUUUCUUUUUUUUUUUAAACCAAAAAAAAAGCUUAGUAUUUCAAUUAUAUAUUGUUUUUCAAUUUAAAGAGAAUAAUAUGUGAUGUUGAUGACCAGAUAUUCUACAGGACUUUGAGAGCAGCUUUUCUGCACUGUGGUUGUAUGAUGCAGUUGGAGUAAGAGGCUUUCCUCUUUGAUGCAAAAUGGCUGUCAUUGUUUUGCCACCAAGUUGCGUGAGACGCACGCUGAUUUGAAAACUAGCUAUUGACAGUUUAACCCUUAAACAUGAAAUACAGUGUAAAAUAAUACUAAUAAAGUCAUGAGUCGUCAAAUUGGUACAAUUUUCCAUGCUAAUUCAGUGAGACAAAUUUUGGAUUGUUUGUACUGUGUGACUAAUGGAUAUAUCACCCUGGGACUGAACUACACGGGAAUUACUGCUCGUAUAGGAGGCACAGCCCCACCUGCUUGUUCUCAUGUAGGUGCAUUUUCUCUAACCCUGACCAUAGAACCAUAAAAUUUCGCUCUUUUUUUCUCCAGUAUUUUUGUGAUAUUAACAUUCAUCCCAAGACCAAACAAUUCAGGAUACGGUUUCAAAGAGAUCUAGGGAUGAUGUGAAGUAGCUGGCAGCAUAGUACAGAAAUAAGAGUCUCUGUGUUUCACUUCUGAACUCUCAGAAGAUGGGUUCUUAAUGUUUACAGAAUAAGGCAUAUUCGUAUGUCUGAUAUUAUACUACAUUUAAUACGGUUUUACCAAAAAAAGUAUAAUUAAGUGUAUCUUAAGGUAUAAAUGAGUCUUUUUUAUAAAUUGUGUAUCUGGAGGUAGGUCUAAUAGUGUUUUCAUUUACAAAGAGAAAUGAACCUAAUUGGAUGAUCUAUCCCCAUCUACAGAAUUGGUAUGUGGCUUGCUGUAUUUGAGUGUAACAGUUCAGUGUUAAUCAUAUCAGGAGAUAGUCUUACAUCUUCAUCAAUUAUAAAAAUUACCAAAGAAAAUUUACUGACCAAAAUCAUUUUUAAAUCAUCUAUUGACAUGUAGCCCCUUUAAUGUAAUGAUUGCUAAAACCCCAAUGGAAACAAAUAAUAAGACAUUAUUUGAACUGGAAAACACAAAUAUAAUAAAUAGAUAUACAAUAUUCUAUUUUUUCUUACAUCAAUAAGGUCAAUACUCCAAUAAAAGUACCAAUUAAAGAAUAAGUCUAAAUUUUAUUCCUUAUGAUGUUUUUAUUAAAAUUAAGGAUUUGGCUUAAUGUAAAUGCAAAGGGGGAACCUCCUUAAAUUGAUAUGUUAUAUUUUAUGGGUUGUUUAGAUAAAAUUAUUGGAAAAUACUACUUAAUGGGUGGUAGUAGUAGCAUUUAUUUCUAGUAUAAUAUUAGCUAAACUGUUGUGGUUAGUUUACACUGAUUUAUGUAGGUGCUCACUCUUACUGCUUUUUUCUUUGCAUUAAUAACAUGAUUGAGCUAAAGGAAGCUAAAAUAUGCACUUCUAAAAUAUGGAGGCCAAAAAGAUCUAAAGGGUUUAAUCCAUUUAAUGAUUUCUUAAACAUGAAACAAUUUUUUAAACCGCUAUUCCAAACAAGUACUUUUAUUUUUUUAAUAUCACAUUAUAGUUAAUAAACAUUGGACUGGGAAUGGUGGCACACGCCUUUAAUCUCAGCAUCUGGGAGGUAGAUGCAGGCAGAUCUCUCUGAGUGGAAGGCCAGCCUGGUCUACAUAAUGAGUUCCAGAAUAGCCAGAACUGCGUACUGAGACCCUAUCUUGAAAAACAAACAAGAAUGUAUUGCUUUUCAGAAGAAGAUUAGCUUUCAAAUAAUAACUGGUAAUGGUUUGGGUUUUUUAAAGUUAUAUUAUUGAAACAGAAUCCAAACGAUAUGCCCCAUGUGAUGUUAAAAAUACUUGUUUGAAGUCUAUCCUGUGUUUAAAAUUGGAUCUUUUUGGUUGUUCUAAGAAUUAGGCAGGCUUUAUUAAAUUCAGUUUAAAAUUGGUUCAAAGAAACUGUUUUAGCUGUGCAAGGAUUUUACUACCUUGGUUUUAUGUAAUGUGACUUCUGUAACAGGCAAAUAGAAUAUCCCACUUUCAUUAUUUGUUUCAUAAAAGGAUGUAUUAGAUCAUCUUAUUGUUUUUAACAAACAUCAAUUUAUAACUUGGUAUAAACUUCCCAGGUAUUGAGGGAUUCUGCUGGUGAAAAUUAUGGGCAGGCAUGUAAAAAGUAUGAUCUUUAUUGACAAAUACCCUUUCAACUUAGGACUAAUGAAAGAAAAAUAUUUUUCCAGAGCUGAAGAAAAAAAUAAAUGCACAUUUAAGAUCAUAUGUAUUGGUGCAUGUGAGCCAUUAUACUGUCUUAUUGAGUGGAUUAAUGCUGUUGAUUUUUGAAAUGUGAAAUGUAGUCACUGUUGAACUUGUAAAUAUCAGCCAGAGAUGAAAAAUAUUUUAAGUUAUUGUAAAUAAAGAUGUAUAAAAUUCAGUAUCUGUCUGCAAUGCAGAAAUACAACAUCUAAGAUGUUAAAUAUUGUGUCUCUUGAGGGAUGUGUCAUUUCUCCCUUGAUGUAUCUAGCUACAUUAAGAAUGUAAAUUUUUCUUUUGUACAGUAUAAAAAUACAGCUUUAUUUGGAUUUUAA